AUGGCAACGACACCGCCUGAAAGUCCUUCGUCGCGCCGCAAAAGCCACCAUAUGCUCUUAGACGAGGCCAUUGUGACGCGACACUCUACUCGUCUGUUCUUGCCCAAGGAGGUACCCAAGUCGGUCCUGGAAAAGGCUUUGAAGCUGGCAGCUCACUCGCCCUCAAACUCCAACACGCAGGCUUGGAGACUGUACAUCGUUACCGGGAAGGCGUUAGAUCGGCUGACGACCGCUCUGAAGCAGGAGGCAUCUUCCGGGGCGGCCCCGAACAUACCGCCUCUCCCGGAACAAUUCAAACCUUGGCGCUCGGAGCUGGGCAAACUCAUCUACGGUGAGGGCUGGGGUAUCCCCCGGGAUGAUGCCGAGGCGCGACGCCAUGCUACACUGCGCAAUUUCGAGUUCUUCGGUGCACCGGUCGGUGUGAUCGUAUGCAUGAGCAAGCAACUCCCCGGAGUAUCGGCGAUGAGCGUCGGAAUGUACCUGCAAACAUUUCUCCUAGCCCUGACUGACUUGGGAGUGGGAAGCUGUGUGCAAGUAAGCAUUGCGGGCUACCGUGACCUCGUGAGAGAGAAGGUCGGCAUCUCAGAUGAUCUAGAAAUUCUGUGUGGUGUCUCAAUUGGGUAUGAGGACGAAGAGAUGAACGUCAACAGAGUCCGGAUAGGAAGGAUGUCCGUGGAUGACACGACAGUAUUUGUGCAGGACUAG